CGGGGGGCGGGCCGGCCGGCCGGGCCGGGGCGGGGCACGCCCACCGCUAUAAGGCUCAGGCCGCUGCCGAACGCGCUGGAGGUUUGCCGCCGCCGCCUUUGCCGACUUCCCCGUCGCCAGGAUGCCGCCCUACACCAUCGUCUACUUCCCGGUUCAAGGGCGCUGCGAGGCCACGCGCAUGCUGCUGGCCGACCAGGACCAGAGCUGGAAGGAGGAGGUGGUGGCCAUGCAGACCUGGCUGCAGGGCCCCCUCAAGGCCUCCUGCCUGUACGGGCAGCUCCCCAAGUUCCAGGACGGAGACCUCACGCUGUACCAGUCCAAUGCCAUCCUGAGACACCUGGGCCGCACCCUCGGGCUGUAUGGGAAGGACCAGCGGGAGGCGGCCCUGGUGGACAUGGUGAAUGACGGCGUGGAGGACCUUCGCUGCAAAUACAUCUCCCUCAUUUACACCAACUACGAGGCGGGCAAGGAGGACUAUGUGAAGGCACUGCCCCAGCACCUGAAGCCUUUCGAGACCCUGCUGUCCCAGAACAAGGGUGGCCAGGCCUUCAUCGUGGGCGACCAGAUCUCCUUUGCGGACUACAACCUGCUGGACCUGCUUCGGAUUCACCAGGUCCUGGCCCCCAGCUGCCUGGACUCCUUCCCCCUGCUCUCAGCCUACGUGGCCCGCCUCAACUCCCGGCCCAAGCUCAAGGCCUUCCUGGCCUCCCCGGAGCACGUGAACCGGCCCAUCAAUGGCAACGGGAAACAGUGAGCGCUUGCAGCACUCUCUGCAGGAGGCAGGGGGCUGCUUGCUUCCCUUUCCCCAGGACCAAUAAAACUUCCAAGAGAGAA